AUGACGUUGAAAGAUGUUAAAAUCGAAGACGAAAACGGUUUCCUUGAUACGGAAAAGGCAACUGAUGGAGAUUCUGAUGAUGACUCCGAUGAUGAAGAAGAUGACGAUGAUGAUGGUAUUGCUCUUGUGUUGGAACUCCUUUCGGCCAUAUUGUCACAGACAAGCGAGCUCGAUGCCGCGGCACAAAAACAUCUCGAAGCGAUUCGAAGCAACUUGGCGCUGCGAACUUCGUCCACUGCGCGCGACUUGGUGCAGCGCAUCGACGCCAUGCGCUUGCCGCCCGCCAGCGAGCUCGCGCUGCAGCGGCAAAUGUUGGUACGCGCUGUCAAACGUCUUGAGGACCCCAUGCCUCCUAUUCGGGCGCAAUCGCUUUAUCUCAUUCGCCAACUCGUUGAAACUGGUAGUGAUGCAAUCAAGGUCGACUAUGCUGUGCGGCUCCAUUUAUUGCAAUUGAAGGAUCCAGAACCUUUCGUCUAUCUCAAUGUGAUAAAAGGCUUGCAGAGCUUAUUGGAACGCGAUGACUCGGCGCUUCCGUUACUCAUAUCAGUCUACACUGGUGCGGAUGGUGCCGAUUUGGACGAACGUUUGCGCGUGGGCGAAGUGCUCUUGAGGUAUGUGGAAGGCGCGGGCGAAGCUUUUGCUGGCGAGCGCGCGCGCAUCAUUUGCUCUGGCGCUAUUCGCCUUGCAGGGCGGCGCGAGGAAACAGACGCAGCACUUCGGUUGUCUGCCAUGUCCGUAUUAGGCGCGUGCUGUCACACAAAUCCCUUGGGCAUGAUUGAUUUUUUGCCUAGUGCGGUUGAUUGUGCAGUGGGAAUUUUAGAUUUCGAAACACUGCGAGAGGAAUCGCCCAUGCGGCGUGCAGCUGUUGUGCUAAUUCAUGAUUUGGUGCACGGCACUUCAAACUCGGCUUCCGUACCAUUCCCUGCUCAGUACAGAGAAAAGGUGCUUGCCGUUUUGCACUAUGUCGAAAGUCAUGAUACAGACUUACUUGUGCGAGAACAAGCCACGUCCGUGCUUGGAUACAUAGACGAUUUGGUGAAAGCAGCUUUGAGUGUGGAAGAGAAGUAA